AUGAGAAGGAGGUGUGGCUUCGUCGUGUGGUUGGUCCUCACCUGCCUCACAAGCGACGCGUUGCAACAGUACAGGGAAAAGAACAUAGGCGGCGCGGAGACAGACGCGGUACAGGCGAUCUUGGCCAGAUACCUGCAGAGACGUCUUCAGGGCUCGCAGCUGUCGACGCCGCCGCCGCCGGCGGUCCUCUUCAGUAGCAAUAACCAGGCGAGAGUGAGACAGGCGAAUCAGAGGACUGGCAGCAAUGCGUUGCCGAGGAAUGUCAGCGCGAAAGAGGGGCGAGAACGGGUGGAGGAUUACGAGGAUUACGAGGACGACCUUGAGGGCUUCGAGGACAGCGAGAGGAGCAGGACCAGAUUCGAUCUGUUCGCUGAUGACUGUCCGAACUGCGUGGACGAGCACAGCAGCAGCCUUGCCGCGUCAAGAUGGACGAUGCCGUUGCUGAAGCUCGGCGAGAAGAGAUACUACCUGGGGAUCUUCUUCAAGGCGAACUGGUACAGGGCGUCUCAGUAUUGCCGGUAUCACGGGAUGCAUCUGGCGAGUAUAGCGUCGCAGGAGGAGAACGACAGGCUCGAGAAGCAUAUUAAGGACUUCGGCCUUGGACACGAGCACUUUUGGACCUCUGGCACAGAUCAGGCGGAGGAGGGCACUUUCUUCUGGAUGGCAAACGGCAGGCCCAUCACGUUCGAAAAUUGGAACGUCGGCGAGCCGAAUAAUUUCAGAUACGAGAACGGUGAGGAGGAGCACUGCCUCGAGCUGUGGAAUAGGGACGGCAAGGGGUUAAAGUGGAACGACAGCCCGUGUAGCUUCGAGACGUUCUUUGUCUGCGAGGUGCAGUGAUCGAUCGAUCGACCAACAGGGAAGACGAAAAACGGAUACGAAAGUCAU